AUGCCGUCCAAGUUCUUCAUCCCAGCAAAUCUUGGAACAGCGUCUUCAUUUUUCGGCGCUGACACCUUCAAGUUCUCGCAACUAGUAGGAAAGGAAGAUUUUCAUCAUGGAGCCAUUCUUCUGGAGAUGACGAUGAAAGAGCUCGAUACUUUACGUAUGAUGGCAGAAAAGUCGCCCAACCUCUUCGGGGACGUCGACAAUGAAAUAUCCCGACUUCAGCAAAUGUUCGAUACACUUUCCCUGAGACGAGAUAGGUUAUCCAACACCCCAAGAAGUUGGAAUAUCCUGAAGACAAAGAGGUUGCGGAAGUCUAAUGAGUGUUAUGGCGUAAUGAAACUAUCAGAGAAGGACACUAAACCCGUGACAGUACCAGUUGACAAGCUUCCGCCCAACGCCCCUGUCAUCGGAAUCCAAGUUAACCACGACGAAUCGGACGCCAGUCCGUCCGAGAUCACGCUUCUCUCGGGCACCGCUCAAGUCUUGAACGCGUCUUCCGAUAGCACCAGCACCACUCAGAUAGAUAAUGGCGGCGAUUCUGAACAGGAUUCGAGCACCUGCAGGGCUGAGGACAGCGGAUUAAUGAACACAGGCAACGCGACGCGCGACAGCGAUCUCGACAGCCUUAGGACGCUCCGACAGAGCGAUUUUCAGACAAAACAACAAGCAGAAGCCACAACGCCUCCUUUACCGGUGCCGCCCCAAGCUCAACAGUCUCCCUUUCAAUCUGGGAGAACGUCUCCAGCCUCUCCUCUGUCAUCCCCUCCGAUAAUCGUACACCAGCACUUUUUUGGGAACAUAUACGGACUUGGAGAUUCGGCUUCCCCCACGGCGGCCUCAUCAUUAAGUCACUUUUCAAUCAAUAGUGUGUCGGGCGAUGGCAACGUUACGGGCGUCUCGGGAGUACCCUUCGGUAGCCCCGGAGGCCAGUACAACACCUUCCAAAUGGGAGGCACAUACAACAGAGGCACCAACUCGGGUCCAAACGUCACUCCUCUCACAGCUGAGGCACCUUCGCCCUCUCACUAAGCUUCCUCUCCGUAUCUCAUCUUCUCAUCAGUUCUGUUCCCCGAGCAUUAUGCACAUACGCUGUAUCGUUAAUUUAUGCUCAGCACUUC